GAGUUUGAAGCAGAGCUUAUGAAACAUGUCGGCUACGGUUGUGAGGGUUUAGUGCUUGGCCCAGAUGCAAAGCCUCGUGUACGUGGAGCCACCGACGUCACGUGCAAUGCAAAUUCCAUGUCACUAACUGUUCGAACUCAACGUCCCAUGCAUGGCUUGAUGUACGCUCAGAAUUACCACAAUACCCCUGCAUGCGUUUUGGCCAGCGAUGGAUCGUCGCGCGAAUUGACUAUCACGUUUAGAGAUGGUGAAUGUGGGCUCUACAAAACACCUUCGCAGGUCUCUUUCAUUGUUAUCCAUGAUGGAAAAUUUUCAAAUCUAUUCAAAUUAAUCGCAACUGCAUUAAUCGAAAAAUUAAAUCGUAACAUCUCAAGGCGCUGCGGUUACACGUAA